UAGGCAGUCUCAAGUUCCUCUCUCUAAAAACCAAAAUGCGUUUGACAACUCUCUCUCUCUACUCUGUUAUUUAUAUUACUCAAUCAAAGUCGAAAGAUUAGCAUUCGAGGUGAGCGACGGUUGUUUUUACGUUUUAAGAGCUUCAACUCUCUCUAUCUAUAGAGAAAGAAAUUAAAUACUGAACUCCAUAUACCUUCAACAAAGAGAGAGCAAUCAUUCACCCAACACAGAGAGUUCUUUCAUACCCACCACCAGCAUUUUCACUGUCUCGCCAUACAAAGGAAUCAAGACCAUAUAGGUUUCAGGAAUAGGUUUUGCGUUGAAUGGGGAUAUCAUUUUCGGGUCCAUUUGCGGAGUACGGUGAUGUGGAGAAUGAGUUGGAAUCUGUUUUUGUUAAGUCUAUUAGCUUCGGAGAUGAUAAAGAGAAAACUCCAGUACGAUCAGUCAGUUUCAAAAGGCAAGAUUCAAUACCCACAAUAUUGAAAUCCUUGGGUUCUGGAAAGAUGAUAUUUGAAGGAUCAGUUAGUUUUAAGGGCAUAGAAGGAGAGGCAAUGAUCUCAAUCAAGCCUUCUUCAUUAGAUGAAGAAAAUAAUGUUCCCAUAACACCAAUCAAAACAAAGAGGAAUGAUGUAAAUAAUCAUUCCCCAAGAUCUGAUAGUCCAGUAGGAAUGUGCCAACCCAUGAUUCUGGAUUCAAGCAACCCCAAACACGAGGCUGCAAUAAGGUUGCAGAAAGUGUACAAAAGUUUCCGAACCAGAAGAAAGCUAGCAGAUUGUGCUGUUCUUGUUGAGCAGAGCUGGUGGAUGCUCUUAGACUUUGCUGAACUCAAGCGAAGUUCGAUAUCUUUCUUUGACAGUAAGGAACAUGAAUCUGCCAUGUCACGUUGGUCACGAGCAAGAACAAGAGCUGCCAAGGUUGGAAAAGGUUUGUCAAAGAAUGAAAAGGCCCAAAAAAUGGCCUUGCAACACUGGCUUGAGGCGAUUGAUCCACGGCAUCGAUAUGGACACAAUCUACACUUCUAUUAUGUUAAAUGGCUUCAGUGCCAGAGUAGGGAACCCUUCUUUUACUGGUUGGAUAUAGGAGAGGGCAAAGAAGUAAAUCUUGAUAAAUGUGCCAGAUCAAAACUUCAACAGCAGUGCAUCAAGUAUCUUGGUCCAAUGGAAAGGAAGGCCUAUGAAGUCACUAUCGAGGAUGGAAAGUUUAUAUACAAGCAAACAGGGGAGUUCCUACACACAACUGAAGAUGCAAAAUGGAUUUUUGUCCUAGGCACUUCUAAGACCUUGUAUGCUGGCAAGAAAAAAAAGGGUACCUUCCAGCAUUCGAGCUUCUUGGCUGGAGGAGCCACUACUGCUGCUGGGAGAUUAGUUGUUGAAAAUGGCAUCCUUAACGCUGUUUGGCCUCACAGUGGUCAUUAUUGCCCCACAGAAGAGAAUUUCAGGGACUUCAUUUCAUUUCUCAAAGACAAUAAUGUGGAUCUCACCGAUGUUCAGAUGAUGUCAAUUGAUGAAGAAGAUUCAACUAGCAGACUACGAAGCAGUAAGCAUCUUAGAAGCAACUCUGACGAGGACUUGGCUGAAAAUGUAAAUGUUACAGAGAUUGAAGAGGUCAAUGUUGAAGAUUUGACUCAAGAGAAGACUGAAUCAAUGGAACAAGAAUAUGCUGCUGCAUUGAAACCAUCAAAGUCAAGGCGGCUCCGAAACCUUUGUAGAAAAUUGACCGAUCUUGAAAUACCAAAAAAGGAUGGAUUGCUCGAGAGAUUACAAAAUGAAAAUUCUGCAGCUGGACCAAGUUGUGACAAUGGCUUGGUAGACUCUCCAGUGAGGGAUGGCUAUGAAACACCAGAAGAAGCAUUUACCUCAGAUCAAGAAUACACGCCUCUUGAACAGAACUUGUUUAGUGAAGAACACGAAGCAGAAGUAGAGAGCAUUCCCGAAGAAUCAAUUCUUCAAAGAAUUAACUCAAAAAAAGGAACAAAGUCUUAUCAACUAGGGAAGCAAUUGUCUUGCAAAUGGACAACUGGAGCAGGACCUCGUAUAGGGUGUGUGAGGGACUAUCCAUCAGAGCUCCAGUUCCGGGCUCUGGAGCAAGUGAACUUGUCUCCACGAAGUACUGGACAUUGUAGAACAUACUUCUCUCCUCGAAACAGUAGUGGACCAAGUCCAAAGACAUCAUCCAUCCUCUGGCAUUGCAGUGGUGCAGUGGCAGUGACUGCGGACUCCCCAGUGCCUGAGAUAGGGAGUUUAAAACAAAGAAGAACACAGUCCUCCCCAUUACAGAGAAUUGGAUCCAUAACAGGUUGCUAAUGAGUUCCUGGUUGAUCUAUUAUUAUUGCGUGAAUACAAAAAUAUAGCGUAGGAAUUCUUUAUCAUUCUUUUCAAUUCAAAUGUACUUUUUUAACAAGUAUCAAUUCAAAUCAUGUAUACAUUUUUUUAAAUUCUUUCAUCUUGUACAUUAUCAUGAAAAUUGUAGCAUCCUUUGGGUUUUGGAACCCAUUCAAUACAAGAGAAAUAUUCACUUUUCUUUUUUA